CUCUCUCUCUCUGUAUCACCCAGCACCUGUUCCACUCCUCUGUCGCUCCUCAAUGUCCUCUCCGAAGCCACCACUCCAUAUAUUCCUCUUCCUCAAAACCCAUCGAAUUUAUCUACUAUUUUUUUUUUCUCACUUUUUAAUGAUUUAUGCUUGUGUUGCUGUUUGUUUAAAUGAGAACUAAGUGAUAAAUGAGAGAGAUAUCGGUUUCAUUCUGUACAUAUAAGAAUUAAACAUAGACAACUAAACUACCCCUGGGCUUUUUAGCUCUACAGUUAGUGUGUGUAAAUCUCCCAUACCGAACUACUCUGGUGAAGAUCCGGCAAAUCUCGAUUUUUUUUUUUUCAAGGAGAUUUGCUGUGCCUUAUCCUAAGAUCUUCUUUGCCUUGUAUCUAUUUUAGAUAAACCACCGUCUUGAUGACUUCACCUGACCUUGAGCUGCCCUGGUCAUCCUCUACUAGUUCCUUCUCUGGAUCUUUUAAUAAUCAAAUGGAUGAAGCAAAUCCAGCCGAUAUUUUGCAUGCGCUGGAAGUCCCAUCCUCUUCUAUGUCAUAUGAUAGUAACAUUCCAAAACCGCCUCCUCUCCCUAGUAAAACCUCUACAAGGGCUAGAUAUCCCUACAGUCUUCCAGAAUGUUGUUCUGUCCCAAAGGAAACAGUUGAUGCAUGGGACAAGAUUUUCAAGCAAGAAUGUGGCACCGAUGUCUAUGUCAUCACUGUUGAUGCAUCCUAUGUUCCAGCUCAUUCUAGUGUUCUGAGUAUUGCAUCACCGGUCUUGGGGAAUAUCUUGCAGCAAUCGAAAGUUAAGAAUGGUGUGAGAUUCAUCACGAUUCCUGGUGUACCUUUUGAAGCCGUGCAUAUGUUUAUACGUUUUAUUUACUCAUCCUGCUAUGACAAGGAAAAGAUGAAGAAGUUUGUUCUCCAUUUGUUGGUUUUAUCACACUACUACAUGGUUCCAUCUCUUAAAAGAGUUUGUGUGUACCUUAUUGAGCAAGGCUGGCUAACCAAGGAAAAUGUAGUAGAUGUGCUUCAAUUGGCCAGGAACUGUGAUGCCCCACGACUCUCCUUAUUUUGUGUACGUAUGAUUGUGAAGGACUUUAAAGCUAUAGCUUCAACUGAAGGUUGGAAAGUAAUGAAACGAUCUGAUCCUGCACUUGAACAGGAACUGGUAGAGUCCGUUGUUGAAGCAGAUUCUAGACAGCAAGAGAUGUUAAAGAAAAUGAAAGAGAAAAAAGUAUAUAUGCAACUGAACGAGGCAAUGGAAGCCCUCCUUCACAUAUGCAGAGACGGCUGUAGAACCAUAGGGCCCCGUGACAAAGUGCUGAAGGGAAGCCCUGUUGCCUGUGCUUUUCCUGCUUGCAAAGGACUUGAAACUUUAGUCCGCCAUUUCUCCAGUUGUAAAACUAGGGUUCCUGGUGGUUGUGUGCACUGCAAACGUAUGUGGCAGCUUCUUGAGCUUCAUUCUCGUAUGUGCAAUGAGCCUGAUGCAUGCAAAGUCCCCCUUUGCAGAUAUUUCAAGGAAAAGAUGCAGCAGCAGACCAAAAAAGAUGAUACUAAAUGGAAACUAUUAGUCAGCAAAGUGAUGGCUGCAAAGAACCCACUGAUGCCAUUCUUGGGUCGGCAUUCAGGUUUAUCAUGACUGCUAAUAUCUCAGCACACCAUGUUUAUAAGAAGCUGAGGCAGAUAAACUUGACCAGCUGAUCCAUUCGUAUCACAAGGGAAAAUUGCAGAUUUUGCUUUAUCUUCCUCUGACCAAGAGUUUGUCUCUCCAAUCUUGUUAACAAUCAAAGUGUAAAGCAGAGGAUAUGGUAUUUGCAUUCAAUUUAAUACCUGAUUUUUGUAUGCACAACCACCGCAUGGUGAACGUAAAUCAUUAAUGUAAAAAUAAACCCAGUUGCUUUAAAUAAACGAGACAGCAUAUGAUUGAAAAUUUUGCUCAA